AUGCCCGCAAAAGUCGUAUAUGGAAAGAAGAGGAAUGGAGAACGAACUGCAUUCACAAAGUUCCUUUCUCCUGAGAAAGGAGCUGCGCACAGGGAAAUUGAGGACGAAAAUACGACUAGCGGCGCGACACGUGAUCGGCGGCCGCCAACAGAACGGGAAGGAGUCGAUAUCUCGGUGUUAGAGCAGGGAUUAGGAAAACUACGAAUAGAGCAAACAAAGCCCGCGGAAGAUGAGGGUACAUCAAGAAAACGGUCGAGAUCACGCAAAACGAAGUGUGGAGUUAAUGAAGAUACCACAAAGGAGAAUGAUGUCCCAUUUGGCGAUGUCUUGGAACAGAGCAUGCAGGCUCUAUCGAUCAAGGCCACGAAGGAGGAUGAGUCCAAGAUGCUCAAGGAACCACGUAAACCCCGAAAGGUACUAAGUGACCGCAACAUCAACGUCUUGCACAAUGUCGACGAAUUAGCCCGAUCAGCCCCGAAACCGAAAAAAGAGAAGAAACGUGUGGUGCCUAUCGCGGUCGCCCAAGACGUUAUUACCACACCUAUAAUAACCCCAGUACAGAUAGAUCCAGCCCAACCAAAACCGGCAUCAAUACAAUCAGUAGCGUGUCUACCUACGCCCGAACCUACGCCUGAGCCUGAAGAUGUCUACACUUCUUAUGCUUCCCCACUACUGGCUCUCAGCGAUAGAAAGAAGGUUGUAGGAUUUCAGGAGUGGUCAGACGAGCUGGAACCGCACUUUAAGAUCACCAAGAUCGCAGAAGCUUCCUUCUCAGAAGUAUACCGGUUGUCUGCAAUAUCGCCCGCGAACGGAAUCAAAGAGGAGUCGGUACUCAAAGUCGUAGCGCUCAAGACACCACCAGCUGUUCCUCUACCAAGCCAACUACACACUCGUGCAGUUCGAGACCGCGAAGCCCAGUUGGAGAAAGAAAUGGAACAACGCGAACAGGACGAUGCGUACAAAUCACAGGUUGAUGAUGUUGUUUCCGAGGUUAAGCUCCUUCAGAAUCUCACCCAUAUCCCUGGUUUUACCGUCUUCCGUGACCUUACGAUUGUACAAGGUAGACCUUCGGCCUCCUUCAACGAUGCAUGGAAGGAAUGGAACAAGGCACGGCCACGUGGCAAGAAGAGCGAAUUCCCUGACCCAAGUAAAAAGACUAGCUAUGACGAAUAUCAGCUCUGGGCGGUGGUGGAGAUGCAAGACGCCGGUACAGAUUGCGAGAAGAUCAUGGAGACGGGCGGCAUGUCAUCGAUAUGGGAAGUCUGGGAUGUCUUCUGGGGUGCGGCGAUUAGUGUAGGAAAAGCAGAAGAGGCAUGUCAGUUCGAGCAUCGCGAUUUGCAUCUCGGCAAUAUUUGUGUUCGGUCUUCACGCACAGGGGGGGAUGUGCUGCAGGCUUCUAUCAAAGAACCCUUGCGUCGCAAACUCCGCUUUACUGGGCUCGAUACCACUGUCAUCGAUUACACUUUGUCACGCGCAGAUAUCCUCGCUUCUCAGUCCCGGUCCCGGAGAAUAUCGACCAUGUCGCACGUUUCAAGCUCUACGGCCGCGUCUGCAAGUGAAGAAAAGGUUGAAGUGGCUUAUCUGGAUCUCAACAAAGAUCUCGCGCUCUUCCAAGGCGACGCAAGUGAGGAAUACCAGUACGAAAUAUACCGCUACAUGCGCGGCGUGGCGCUUUUCGAUAACCCACUACAAUGCGAACUGUUAGAUGUACCACAAGAAGAGGAAGAGAUAGAAGAACAGGAGGAAGAGGAGGAGCUAGAGCGAGUGCCAGUCACACCCCAACGCUCACCUAGGAAGAACACGCAUAUUCGCUUCGACUCGGACGACGAACCACCUAUGCCCCGACGAUCGCCCAGGAAACACAAUGACGAAGCUGUACCUGAGAUUGAACAAAGUCUCGAAGUGGAGGAGGGGGGGCCUGAAGAAGACAUCUGGCGCGAUUUCCAUCCCAAGACAAAUCUCGUCUGGUUGCACUUCCUCCUCCACAAAUUACUCAACCACCUCGCUGCUCUCUCGUCCCCGCCACAUCACGUCUCCUCUCGUUCUAUUGUCUCCAAACACGGCGACGUGGAUAAGAAGAAAGUUGAGAAGAAGGCUCUGAGGCUGUACAAGGUCUUGCAAAGGGUCAGUGAGCUGCUAUGUCCUGUUGCGCUGGGCAGAGAGGAGGGAUUGGGUAGCGCGAAGGAGUUGGUGGUACUUGCGUUGGAAGAACGGUGGGUUAGGGUCGAGGAUGUUGAGGGUUGA